AUGACAGUUGUUCUCGUUUCAGGGGGCUCAGGUUUCGUUGGUAGUCAUUGUGUAUACCAAUUACUCGAGAGAGGAUAUGAGGUUCGAACCACAGUUCGUAGUACUGAAAAAAAAAUUGAAUUGAUAGAGGAUUUUUCGGAGCGUAGUGGUCUCUCGUUUCCAAAGCUAAACUUGCAAGUAUACGUUGCAGAUUUAUCCUCAGAUGACGGAUGGGAAGAGGCAAUCGACGGUUGCGAUUAUGUACUACAUGUAGCUUCUCCAGUUCCUAAAUCAGCUACUAAAGAUCCGGACGAUUUGAUCCAACCGGCAAAAAAAGGUGUACUUAGAGUUUUAAAGCUUUCACAGAAAAAGAAAGUUAAAAGAGUUGUCUUGACAUCAUCCUCAGCAUCAGUUGCUUUUGCAAAAGGAUCGAAUGAUAAACUACUUGAUGAAAACGAUUGGACGGAAUGCCUGAAAGGUUUAAAUGCUUAUAUUUUGUCGAAAACCAUUGCUGAGAAAAGUGCUUGGGAAUUCAUUAAUGGGGAUCAGAAUCAAAAUUCAGAACAGCCAUUAGAACUUGCGGUGAUGAAUCCUCUGGCGAUCUUCGGUCCUUCGAUAAUAAAAGAUAAGAAAGUAAACUCGGGAACGUUUAAUUUCUUGCAAGUAUUGACAGAUGGUACCCUCAAAAGAGGUUGUCCAAAGAUUACAUUAUCUGUGAUCGACGUCAGAGACGUUGCCAAAUAUCAUUUGGAAGCAAUGACAGAGCCAGCGGCGAAAAGUCAACGUUUCAUUUUAUGUACACGUAGCAAUUGUUUGUCUUUAAUGGGAAUAGCAGAUAUACUUCGCUUUCGAAUCCCCAAAAAGUAUUCAGACAAUUUGCCGCACUCUGAAAUCCCUUCUUUUAUUAUAAAUUUCUGUGCAAUGUUUUUGCCCAUCCUUCGUGAAGUCCGCGAUUAUCUUCCUAAGAAGUAUCUCCUGGCAGAAAAGGCUUAUCGUACUUUCAAAUGGGAGCUUCGCCCAACAGAAGAUGCCAUUAUAGCAGGAGCGGACUCUUUUUUCCGUUCUAUGGAUGCAGAAUAG